AUGUCGAUGGCUUACGAUGACAAUCCUUUGUUGAAGGGCUUCGAUUUCCGACCAUUCGAUGUAAUCGAAGCCAUGCACGUCCGUCCCGGAAUUCGUACUUUGAUUAAUCAAAUCAAUGAGGAAUUGGAAAAGACGGUGGAGCCUACCUGGCCGAAGCUGGUGGAGCCGUUGGAGAAGAUAAUUGAUAGAUUGACGGUUGUUUGGGGUGCGGUUUGGAACAAUGAUGUCCGGUUUUACCGCGUUAAUGAUUCCUCUGGAAGUCCCAUUGCCUACUUUUAUUUUGAUCCAUACUCUCGUCCAUCUGAGAAACGUGGAGGUGCAUGGAUGAUUGGAGUUGUUAGCCGAAGCCGUGUAUUAUCACGAGAUGUUGCCAAUGCUAGAUUGCCUGUUGCCCACAUGAUUUGUAAUCAAACGCCACCAGUUGGGGAUAAGUCCAGUCUAAUGACAUUCCAUGAGGUUGAGACUGUCUUCCAUGAAUUUGGACAUGCCCUUCAGCAUAUGCUAACUAAGCAGGAUGAGGGUUUGGUUGCUGGUACAAGGGGGGUAGAGUGGGAUGCUGUGGAAUUACCAUCACAAUUCAUGGAAAAUUGGUGCUAUCACAGGGAUACCCUGAUGGGUAUUGCCAAGCAUCAUGAAACUGGAGAGACUCUCCCAGAAGACAUAUACAAGAAGCUUCUUGCUGCCAAGACUUUCCUUGCUGGUACCUUAAGUCUUCGGCAGUUGAGACUUGCAACUGUUGAUCUUGAGUUACAUGCAAAAUAUGUCCCGGGUGGUUCAGAAUCAAUCUACUGUGUUGACCGACGGGUCUCUAAGAAAACCCAAGUGUUUCCUCCACUCCCAGACGAUAAGUUCCUUGCCAGUUUCAUUCACAUUUUUGCUGCUGGAUAUGCUGCUGGAUACUACAGUUACAAGUGGGCAGAGAUUUUGUCUGCAGAUGCUUUCUCUGCUUUUGAGGAUGUUGGACUAGAAAACAAGAAGGCUGUAAAAGAAAUAGGCCAACGAUUCAGGGAGACUGUUCUUGCUCUUGGAGGUGGAAAGGCUCCUCUGGAGGUUUUCGUGCAAUUUAGAGGCCGGGAACCUUCUCCAGAGCCGCUGCUUAGGCAUAAUGGCUUACUGCCAGUUACCACCUCUGGAUGAGAUCAUUAUAGAACCUUCUGCAAUCUUAAUGCCCAUUUAUAGGCCAUUAGAGACAUUUGCAUGCUUCAGGUUUUUGAGGAGACUGACAUCAAGAUGCAACUGUAAUUGUUUUAAAGGCAUAAAAUAGUAUUUACUUUAGAACGAGCAUUGUUACCGAGGAUUGGAUAAUGGAUUGUAGUAUGUGAUUUACGCGAAUGGGGUUGCACAACUUUA